CGGGGCGCACGCCGAGCCUGGGGAAUGGGCAUGAGCCUGGCAAAGCAGCCAGGCGAUCCCUAGCGCCGGGGAAAGGCAGCAGGUUGCAGGCGAGUUUAGUACAGGAGAGAAAGCCGCAAGUUAAAGAGGCGUGUGCCAAGUCCAGUGCCAGGCCUUUCCGAACGCCUGAGCCAGCCCCCGGAGAGCGCCCACCGUGCACAGGGCCAGUGUUCCUCUUGUGCUCACACGUGUAACAGCCACAGGGCAGCAGUUACCCCUGGAACACCCGCCGGAGCUGGGCCGCAGAGCCACUACCCUCUCCUGCCAAGAGACUAGCUGAGUAAUGCCAAGGUCCAACCCUGCUUCUCUUAAGAAAUCUGACACGGCCACAGCCCAAGAUGGUUUGGUUGCAGAAGACCAAAUUCAUGCAAUGAUUAGGCUUCACGCCUUCCGCCUCCUGACUUGCCCGGACGCCACGGUAAAGAACGUUGCAACGACCGCCCUGCACGCCGCCACCGAGAAACGAAUCGGCAGACCUCCCUCCGACCGAGAUGUGGCCACCUUCUUGAGCGGCUCCCUGGACGGCGACUUCGCCCGGGACAGGGGAGACUUCGCCUCGCUGUGGACCCGCGCCCGCAAUGCCACGCGCCGGCUGGGAAAGCGCCUGGGCUGCCGCUGGGAAUGGAACGAGGAACGGCAGGAGCUGGGAGUCCUGAUACCGCGGAUCGGAACGGAGGACAACAUCAUCGUCACCCCGGGAGCCAGAGGCGUGCUGGAGAGAUCCCUGAAGGCCACCGUCCACGCGCUCUACGUGGACGCCCUGAAGAAAAAGCCGGACCAGGGUAAAGUCUUCGAAGUAACCAGCAAGUGGGACUCCAGCAACCACUUCCUCCCCACAGGCAGCUUCACCCGGUUCGCCGACUGGCGGUUCAUUCACCGCGCCCGGCUGAAUUGCGUCCCUCUCAAUGGUGCCAUCCGCCACGGGAACCGGGACAAACGCUGCAGGAAGUGCGGGUACGUCAACGAAACCCUGCCCCACGUCCUGUGCUGCUGCAAGCCCCACGCCAGAGCCUGGCAGCUACGCCACAACGCCGUCCAGGACCGUCUAGUGAAGGCCAUCAACCCGCGUCUGGGAGAGAUCGCUGUCAACCGCACCGUCCCUGGCACCGACAGCCCACUGCGCCCGGACAUCGUCGUCACGGACGAGGUGGGGAAAAAGAUCAUCCUGGUCGACGUAGCGAUUCCGUUCGAGAACAGGACCCCGGCCUUCCGCGAAGCCCGAGCCCGCAAGCUCGAAAAAUACGCCCCCCUGGCUGACACCUUGCGGACCAAGGGCUACGAGGUGCACAUCGACGCUCUGCUCGUUGGGGCCCUGGGUGCCUGGGACCCGUGUAACGAAUGCGUGCUGAGGUCCUGUGGGGUGGGCCGUCAUUACGCGCGGCUCAUGAGACGCCUCAUGGUCUCGGACAUUAUCCGUUGGUCCCGGGACAUUUACACCGAGCACAUCACCGGCCACCGCCAAUACCGAGAGUGAGCCGGGGAGACCUCGUGCACCCACACACACCCCCUGCUGGACCCUAUCCCCUGAGCCCUAAACCCACCAAACCUAGCUGAAUCCCGCCACGUGAGGGUCACCCCUUCCCCAUUACCCAGCCCGCUUGCUUAUACCCAUGACUGUCCCUGCCUCCCGUAUGGGUGGUGGACCCUCACCGUUUAUCGACUGUCUCCUGAUCCCGCCCACCGGUUACCCACCCCUCAUUGGGGACAUUGCAGUGUGUAUAUACUAUGUGUGCUGCCCAGCCCCAAAACACCAACAUACCCCCUUACUCUGCAUGUUACCCCCAAUGACCAAUGACUAACGCUUCAAAUUUUCUGUAUCGUUUAUUUCUUUAAAUAUUCUCUAAUAAAAU